AUGAAAGGGUUUGGUAUACCUUGUGGACUGCCCUGGCACUUGGCAGAUGAUGUUUAUGUCCCUGUAAAUAGUAAUGGGAAAUUUCAUUGGGUCUUGACAGUCGUUGCAUUGAAGGAACGGUGCAUAAAAGUGUAUGAUUUCAUGUCCUCACAUAGGUCUAAUAGAAAAUUAUUCUUUGAGAUUCAAAAGAUGGAUACAAUGUUGCCAAAGUACCUUGAGUUGUGUGGAUUUUUUGAGCAAAAUGAGCGAACCAACUGGUCAGUUCUUAAAUGUUAUCAAGGAAAGAACAAAUCUCACCCAUUCGAAGUCAGUCAUGUUACUGGUAUUGCCCAACAAGAAAGCAGUAGUCUAGAUUGUGGAAUUUUUGUUGCUGCAUACGCUGAGUUUUUGAGUGAUGAAUUAGAAGUACCAUCAUGUGGAAUUAGUGUUGACACCCUUCGCUUGAGAUAUGCUUCACUCCUAUGGAAUUAUGGGAUUGUAAAGGCUCAAAAUGGUUAUGUUAGUAACAAUGAAGAUCCAGAGAUGCGUAGAACUAAAAAAAAAAAAAGAAGCUAA